CAACCCCUAUUUCUUUAUUUCGUCUUUUCUUUUUCUAUUUUCUCAAGACCAAAAUACACUCAGUAGACCUCCCAGUAGCUGAUCCAUCUCCACCAUUUCAACCUCACAGCAUUUUUUAUUUUUAAAUUUUAUAAUCAGCCAAACUUCACAGUGGUUCUCCGAUUAGACGGAGAGAUAUGCGAAUUGCUGCGAAGUGAGGAGUGAUAGGUUGAUUCUCACAAUGGAAGGUUUCAAAGCAAAAUUUAGAGUGGUGGCUCUUGUUGCUCUAGUGAUAUGGAUUGGACUUGCUGCAUUGUAUGACUUGUUAAGACCGGUUUCGAAUGGUUGUAUCAUGACAUACAUGUAUCCAACCUAUAUUCCGAUCUCAGCAUCGGAAGGCGUGUCAUCAGCAAAGUAUGCCUUGUAUUUGUACCAUGAAGGAUGGAGAAAGAUAGAUUUUAAGGAGCACAUCAAGAAGCUAAGCGGCGUGCCCGUACUUUUUAUUCCGGGCAAUGGUGGUAGCUACAAACAGGUACGAUCCUUGGCAGCAGAAUCUGAUAGGGCUUAUCAAGGAGGCCCUCUUGAGCGUACAUUUUAUCAAGAAGCCUCCUUAACUCCUGAAGAGGGAGGGGCAGAUUUCGAUUCAGCUGGAUUUCAACUACCCAACCAAUAUACUAGCAGGCUGGACUGGUUUGCUGUUGAUCUUGAAGGUGAACAUUCAGCAAUGGAUGGUGGAAUACUCGAAGAGCACACAGAAUAUGUUGUAAAUGCCAUUCACAGGAUUUUGGAUCAGUACAAAGAAUCUUAUGAUGUUCGAGCAAAAGAAGGAGCUGCAACCUCUGGGAAUUUGCCAAAAAGUGUGAUAUUGGUUGGUCACUCUAUGGGUGGUUUUGUUGCUAGAGCUGCUAUUAUCCAUCCUCGUUUGAGGAAGGCAGCAGUUGCAACUGUUCUUACGCUUUCAAGUCCACACCAAUCACCUCCUGUGACAUUGCAGCCUUCCUUGGGUCACUAUUUUGCACACGUAAAUCAGCAAUGGAGAAAGGGAUAUGAAGUCCAAACUAGUCACACAGUACAUUAUGUGUCUGAUCCUAUACUCUCUCAUGUUGUUGUUGUGUCUGUUUCUGGUGGUUAUAAUGAUUAUCAGGUGAGGACGAAAUUAGAAUCCCUUGAUGGUAUUGUGCCUCCUACCAAUGGCUUUAUGAUCAGUAGUACUGGCAUGAAAAAUGUGUGGUUGUCAAUGGAACAUCAGGCUAUUCUAUGGUGUAAUCAGCUAGUUGUCCAAGUGUCCCACACUAUUCUGAGUUUGAUAGACUCCAGAACAGGCCAACCAUUUCCUGACACUCAAAAGAGACUAACAAUAUUCACAAGAAUGCUUCGUAGUGGCAUACCACAGACCUUCAAUUGGAUGAUGCAAUCACACUUAGCAUCUCAGGAGUCGAAACAUGUUCUGGUUAAGGAUGUCAAAGAUGCUGCUGGAUCUCUGGUGCAUGCAUCAACAGCAUGUCCCAGAAACGUUUAUUGGGGUGAUGAUGGCUUUGAGAGGGAUAUAUAUAUCCAGACAACCACUGUCACUGUUUUAGCAAUGGAUGGUCGGAGGCGAUGGUUGGACAUACAGAAACUGGGGUCUAAUGGGAAAAGCCACUUCAUAUUCGUGACAAACCUUGCUCCUUGUUCUGGGGUUAGACUUCAUCUAUGGCCUGAAAAGGGAUUAUCAACUUCAAGCUUGCCUCUGAGUAGUAGGGUUCUCGAGGUGACUUCAAAAAUGGUGCCUAUUCCAUCAGGACCUGCACCAACACAGAUUGAACCUGGGAGUCAGACUGAGCAACCUCCUCCAUCGGCUGUCUUUCGGUUGGGGCCAGAGGAUAUGCAUGGAUUCAGAUUUCUGACCAUCUCAGUUGCACCCCGCCCGACUGUCUCAGGCAGACCUCCACCAGCAGCAUCCAUGGCAGUUGGGCAGUUCUUUAAUCCAGAGGAAGGAAAGAUAGAGUUACCUCCCUUGUUGAUGCUUCAAUCUAUCUAUUCUCAGAAGCAGGAUAUGCUUGUGAAGGAGGAUCACCCUCUUGUUCUCAAUCUGUCUUUCACCAUUAGCUUAGGCCUUCUACCUGCUACUUUGUCUUUGGAAACUGCAGGCUGUGGAAUUAAAAAUUCUGGGCUUCAAGAUGAGGCUGCAGAUGUAGAAAGCAGCAGGCUUUGUAAACUACGCUGUUUCCCCCCUGUAGCACUUGUGUGGGAUGAAACAUCUGGUCUUCAUAUAUUUCCGAAUAUGUACAGUAAGAAAAUUGUAGUCGACUCCUCACCGGCACUUUGGACUUCAACUAUGGGUUCUGACAAAACCACGGUUUUGUUGCUGGUAGACCCACAUUGUUCGUAUAAAACAAGCAUUGCUGUCUCUGCCACUGCAGCUGCCGGCAGAUUUUUGCUUUUGUAUGGUCCACAGAUAAUUGGUUUCUCCAUUGCUGUAAUCUUAUUUGCUCUGAUGCGACAAGCACGGGCUUGGGAUCUUGAUCUACCCAUGCCAUCAAUGGUAACAGCUGUGGAAACCAAUUUGAGAAUGCCAUUGCCAUUUUUUCUCCUUGCCAUCGUCCCAAUUUUAGUCUCUUUGUUCCUGUCCUUUUUGAUGUCCCAACCAUUUCCUCCAUUAGCUAGCUUCAUCAUCGUCUCAGUGAUUUGUUAUUUAUUUGCAAAUGGGUCCAUUAUCAUCCUCGUUUUGGUGUCCCAAUUGGUCUUCUAUGUGGCUGCCAUUGUACAUAUUUUUAUUAAGACAAGGUGGGAAGUGUGGGAAGGAAAAGUUAAUUUUGCAUGUGUUCGCUGGUUUAUUAAUCUGUCCUCCAGCUUUUUCUCAUUAAAGGUAGUAAGGGUUCUACAGGGCAAUCCGUCACUUGUUACAGCUCUAGCUGCAAUUAUCUUGGUAUUCUUGGUUCAUCCAGCAUUGGGAUUAUUUGUACUUCUCUUCUCUCACUCUCUGUGCUGUCACAGUAUGCUGUGCUGUUUUUUGACGGCUUCCUUUCGCAGUCAUGCACGGAGAAAGGAAUUAUUUGAUUAUAAGAAUAAAGGCAAUGAUGGGUCUCGGCAGUUUACAUCCAAAUCUGAUGGAAGAUCCAACCAGAGAUUGCCUUUGGAAGAGAACAGUUCCAAUAGUCCAGACUCUUCAAAAAGCUUUGGUGACACACAAUUGGAGAUCUUUCAUCACCGGCAUGGCUUGUUGAUUUUGCAUCUUGUUGCAGCACUAAUGUUUGUUCCCUCACUUGCGGCUUGUUUGCAGAGAAUGGGGAUGGGUCAAAGCUUUCCUUGGUUCCUGGAUACAGCUCUUUGCACUGGUGUCAUCCUUCAUGGAAUUUGCCUUACAAAGCCAGAGUUUAAUUGCUUCUUGUUCUCUUUCCCUAGCAUCCGAAGUACAGAAGUGAGACUUGACUUUAUCUAUCUGGUUGCCGGAUACUAUUCCUUUCUGUGUGGCCUGGCCUUGGUUCCAGACAGAGUGUUUUAUAUCAUGGCCGCUAUUGGCAUCAUUUCCUUUGCUUUGAGAAUUGUACACAGAAGGAACAUCGAGAAGGGAGAGGUCUAUAUGGUGAGCCGAAAACAUUCGCACAGACAUUAGAGAGCUUUCUACCUACACAAAUUUACUAGGCAGUCAGAUCAUUUUUUGGUAACUUGGCAGCCCAAUCCUCAGAAGGUCCUGCAUCUAUGCUGAUUGAGUGACAGUAGUGAUGUGUCCAUACUGAAUGAGGAGCUGCUGAGAGCACUCCAGUAACCACAGUUUUGCUAUCAGAAUCAUCACAUGGAGGUGGCAUUUUUUUACAGGUGAAAGAUGUAAAAAAAAUUAACAAAAUUUUAUCUGUGCGAUUAUAGUCGUGGCCCUUUUUCAUGUGUUAGGGCCGUUUUUGUGAUAUCCCGAAACAUUUGUGAGCAACUUGUUAGAAAAUCAAAUGAAGGAAAAAAAAAGAAAAAAAAAGCUUGUCUUACAAUUGGGAACGAGGUUUUGGCUUGUGAAUAGUACUCUGCGGAGAAGAAUGACAUUAGUUUGGGAUUUCAUGUUUAAAAACAAGCCAUAUCUAUUUGAAAAAUGCAAUUCAUCGGUUUUGAAGUUUUA